AUGGAUUCGAAAAACACCCAUCAACAACGAAAAUUUCAAAAAGUGGUAAAGGCAGGGGAAACGAAUAUUUCGGAGGAGAUCGAGGAGGCAUCUCCUGCAUCCGGUGACAGUGUCAAACUGAAGGGGCAUGCGCGAGACCCAAGCCCUGCUGAGGAUCAAGACUCUUUUGGAAUAUCCGAGCAGUCUCGCCACGCCACCGACGACAGUGCUGAUGCAAUUCGCCAGGAGCAGGCUCUCGAAAGGGCUCAGUGUAUCGUGGAGACUUUUGACGGCGUCAAGGUGUUCCUGCUGUCGGGCGACCUCGAUCGACACUUAUCCAAGCCCCGCUUCAAACACCUCUUCGACCGAGUACAUAUGAGUCUGACCGCGGCAGAUGCUGCUGGCAGCGCGUGUAUUAACGAGGCACUCGCUGAUGGAGCUGUCGUCACGAUGGACACUGGCCGGUUCGCAACGUUCGAGUGA